UGAUCAGUAUGGGAUUGUGUUGCUCGUAAACACCUCGAGCUUGUCAAUAAUUACAAGUUUUUUUUAAUAAUCAGUGCUAUGUUUGACAGUUAAAUAAAAAAUAAUUACAGUGGACUCCCGCAAUCUCACAAAUACUAAAAAACCGCUAUAAAUGUAUAAAUAGUCUUCGUAAAGUUUCACUUAAUGUAAAAAUCAAAUGGUAACGCGAUCACGGAUUGCGACGCUUUUGCCAGGCGCCUAAUGCAGUGUUUUAUUAAUUAAAACUUCACUAAAAUAAACUCAAAAUUUAUGGAAAUAUCAAUCCGACUUUAAAGAUUACAUAAAAUAAUGCUGGGACAAAAACCAUCACCUUUACUAAGAUGCUGACAGUAAUGUGCCCAAACUGCCGGCAUCGUUUUCCAGCCCCGGGAUGUUGUAAUCCAGACUCGCGACUCCAAGACACAGCAAUGCAUCCAUCAACCACAACAUCAUCAUCUCCAGUGGCAUCAUCCUACGGCAAUUACUACAGUUGCGGUGGAGGACUGAUGAUGCCACGCAGUUACGGGAGCAACUGCAUAAUAAACGCUCCGACAAUAAUCCACGGGCCGACAAUAAUUCAAUCCAAUCAAGGCUCGGGCACCGCUCAGAUACCAAGUCCCGGAUUCUUGGUCGACUACUGGAACAUCUCCAAGCCGUCCAACUCCGAGUGCAAGAUAAACACGACUUGUGAUCUCACCGGCGGCACUGUCACGAUAACCACCCCGAACAUCCAAUCGGGGGGUUACCUGCUCCAGCCGACAGACUCUGAUUCGCUGAUCCACUCUCCGAGGAUUGAAAUCAGGCCCAAGUUGUCUGGUGGUGGGUGUCUAGUUCAGAAGAGACUGUCCGAAGAUAAUAGUUCCCAAUUGUUAUUUUCUAACAACGAUUUGCUUCAAUCACUCGCUAACUUCAACUAUCACCGUGAUUUCCCCAAAGAAGAAGUGACUCCGUCAGUUCAUCCGCCCAGCGGCUGUCAAGAAUUGCCAGGAAUGCGUCGUGAUUCCUUCAUCCAGCCUAGGCCUGACAAUUCUAUUCACGAUAAUUGCAAUCCAGCGGCUGGUGAUAGGCAAUCUAGAAAAAAUUCAAACUGUUGCUGUUCAUCACAAUCAAAUUCCAUUAAUAAUAAUAACAAUAACAAUAAUUAUAGUUAUAAUUAUAAUAGUAAUAAUUGUAGUAAUAAUUUACAGUCAGAAACAGUUCAGCGUAAAUCAUCGACCGACGAUCCAGGUGCUGUACAAAUAAAAGUCAGUGCGACAAUUCAAUUGCCUGCGAACGUCGAUCAAUGCACGCUUAAUAUCACGGCAACAAAAAGUUCUGGGAACAAUGUUGACACCAUCACCACCGUAAAUGGAAUAAAUUCAGCUACUACAACAUCAGAAGCUGGAAAUUGCAUAUUAGUACAAAUGGACACCCAGCAAACGGGAAGUAGCUGCGAGAAUGAGAGGCGUGAAGAUACUUCAACUCCAACUCCGACGACACCAGUGUCUUGGUUGAUGCCGGUGUCUUACAACUACGACGAAGGGUACUCGCAAAAAAGAGGUCUCCCCAAGACAACAGACAUCAAGAAAUUGUUGAGCAGUACUGGGUGGUAUUACGAGGGCAUGAAUUGGCAGCAGAGCGAAAACUUACUUAAAAACAUGGAAAUCGGCAGGUGGCUUGUCAGAGACAGCUCGGACAGUAGAUUUGUCUUUGCUAUUUCUGUCCAGACUGACCGCGGGCCGACCUCUGUCAGAGUUCACUUCUACAACAGAAAUUUCCGACUCGAUUCGGAACCUCAGCUUAUCAUGACGAUGCCGCAGUUCGACUGUCCGAUAAAAUUGCUUGAUUAUUAUAUUUAUGUGUCGAAACACGGCAAUGGAAAUUUAAAGCAAGUCUGGGUCGACUUGACUGGACAUCUGUACAGUAAAAUUUAUUUAACAAAGCCGGUUGUUAAAGAUGUUGGUACGCUUUCACAUCUUGCUAGGCUUGUUAUUAAUAAACAUAAAAUAGAUACUAAAUCUUUACCAAUUCCUAUUAAAAAUUAUAUCGCUGAGUAUCCUUAUACAUUUUAAAUUUAUUAGUUCAAUUGUGUAGAUAAUUUUCAAUGUUUUUUAUUUGUUAGAGUAAUAGGAAAUAUUUGCGAUUGUGUAUUGGAAUUUUUUAUAAACAAGUGAAUGUUUAGUAAAUAUUUAAUUUUUAAAUUAAAUUUAUUUAUUUAUAGAUAAAAUUGCUUAUAAAAACCUAUCGUAAUGAUUAAUAUCUUCCAGAAUAUGUAAAAAGUUUUUUAAGCUAAAUUAUUAUAAAUUAGUUGAGUUAUUAAAUUAUGAGGAACUGUAAUCUAAGUCGGGUACAUUCAAUUAACGUAAUUAUUUAUUUACAUGUUAAAUAAUUGAUGAAAAAUAUUAUUGUAUAAAAUUAUCUUGAAUUUUAUUUUUUUUUUUUAUUUUAUUUUUUUUUUUUUUUUUUUAGUACAAAACUAAACAAAAAGUCAUGAUUACGACCAAAGAAAAUUUAUAAUAAGCGUUUACUUAAAAAAAUUCAUUUUUAUAGCUUAAAAUAAAUUAAUGAACUCCUGACUUAGUAUUACAAUGGACUAUUUCUUAUUUAUUCAAAAAUAUUUAAGUAUAUAUAAACAUAUAUAAAACUUACUAAAAUUAUAAAUAAAUUUAUAAUAAUUUUAGUCAGUAGCAGCAUAAUAUUUGUGUAAUUGCGAUUUGUAAUAUAAAUUUAUUGACUAAAAAAAUCAAUUACACUUUAGAGUUUUCUGAAUCAGUCAAAAGAAUUAAUUAGUUCAACUAUAUAACUAAAAUUAAUAUAAUGAAAUUAGCGUGUGAUUUCAUGAACUUGAGUUGAAAUAUUAAUGGGUACCAUUUACAUACCCAAAAUUAAAAAAAAUAAAAUUUUUUUUUUUUAAUUUGAACAUACAUAGAAAAAUUAAAUUUUCUGUCUUCAUUUUUCAAUAUAUAAAAAUAGUUAUUAAAUAAAUAAAUAAUUACAUAACAUGUGCCUUUUUACGUACAAUAAAUCAAAAUAAUAGUAAAAUCUUUCUUUUUCUUUUAUACCUAAAAACAAAGCCAAUAGCUAAAGUAUGAGUACACUAAAUAUGAUUUCAAUUAUCGUAUAUAAUUUAAAUAUUAUUUUUUAUCACAAUGGAAAGGAAAAGGAAGUUAAAUAUAAGCAUGUGACUGCGAUUAAAUGAUAUCUAGAUCGUGCCGUUGUCUUAACUUAAAAAAAUAUACAUAUUACUUGUCGCAGAUAUAUUAAUAAAUGUUAUGUCGUUGCGAGAUAAGAAAUCACGUGCCUUUAAAACUAAGGCGUUGGCCACCCACGCGUCAAACUUAACACCAUAAAUGUGUGCAUAUAUAUAUUCAAAUUGAUAUGUUUAAUAAUUGUGUAUAAAUAUUGUAUGAAUGUUAAUCUUAAUUUAAAUAUGCUACUGAGCAUUAGUAAAAUGUAGCAUUGAUGACGUCUCUACAUUAGAGAUGAAAAAAAAAAUAUAUAUAUAUAGAUUGAUAAAUAAUAAUAAUAAAUAGUAACAUUAUUAUUAAUUGUUUAUUUAAUUAAAUCUUAUUAACAAACAAAAUAAACGUGUAAUUAAAAUUCGUUCAGUUGCUUUUAUUUUGUCAAUUAAUAGCUUUUUUUUUUUAUUUUAAAAUGAGACUUAUUAUCAUAACUGCCAUUUCAAUUGUACUAUUAAGUUCGUCACUAUAAAUUGUAUAAAAAAUA